GCCUCACAGUUUGUUUUUGGUCUUAAUCUUAAAAACACUUGCUUUCUUUUUCUUAAUGCUUUUCUAUACUUAUCUCUUUUGUUUGGGUUUCUCUUUAAAGUAGUAUGUGAUUGUGUGGGUGUUUUUAACCUUUUCCGUUUUUAUCAUCAAGCGUUUUAAACACAUGCCACAGUAGAGAGAAUAGUAUAAUGAACCACCAUAUUCCCAUAACCCAGCCUCAAGAAUUAUCACCCCCCACAUGUAUUCUCUCUUCCCCUCCCCGGCUCCAGUAGAUUAUUUUGAAGCUAAUCCUAUAUACAUCAAGUCAGAUGUAAAUAUUUACAUUUAUAAUUCUGAAAAUAUAAAGACUUUUAAAAACACUAACUACCAUACCACCAUCACUCAUAAAAGCAUCAAUAAUUCUGUAAUUGCAUUAAAUAUACAGUAAGACUCUUGAUUUUAAUUAGAUACUUUACAUUUCUUACAUUAUUACUUUUGGAAUUAUUUCAUUCAUCUUAUUUUAAGUUUUUUAUUGUGUUGUGUGUGUUUUUACUUUUGCCAUAUGGAUUGUUUUGUUGAGGAGGUUAUGAAAUAGUGAUGAAAGAAUUAUGGAACUGGAAAGACCUGGGUUUGAAUCCUGCUUCUGCCAUUCACUAAUUAACUUUGCUGAGCCUUUGUUUCCUCGUCUGUAAAAUGGGAAUAAUUAUACCUGCCUCAUGAUCUUAGGGUUGAAUGUAAUACCUGCGUAAAGUAUUAUUCACAGUCUUUGCCAGUUAUUAUCUUCUAGUGAUUUGGACUGCAAUAAAUAAAUAAAAUUCUUGGUUAUUGUAUGGUUUUUCAAAACAUUGCAAAAUUUAUACUUACUAGCUAAUUACUAAAAAUAGUGGUUUUUAAAUAUUCCUUUAGGAAAGACAAAAUUUAGAAUCUUUAUUUCUCCCUUCUUCCACUAAAUCUUUUAUUUUGAGUCCACAUUAAUUUAUUCUGAGUUUACAGAUCUUACCGUUAACUUUCUAAAGUUUUAUGUUGUUUAUAUACUUAUAUCAAUUAUUUAUUCUUCAUUUUUGACCCUUUUUUAGUGGGCUUAAUUAUUCUAUUCAGUUAUUUCUAGAUAUUAAGUUGGUGUCAGUAUACUUCACCAGUUCUUUCCUACCUCAAUAUUCUUGAGUUCUUAUUUUGAUUCUCUUUCAAUAGUCUAGGACACACCUUUGAACAAUUUAUGAAAAAAGAUACUACCAGGAUGGUGACAUUUUAUAAGGCUUUGCAGACCUAAGAAUAAUUUCCUGUGACGUUUGUACAUGAAAAACUAGGACAAGGAUUAUAUCUUUACCCUUGAAAUUUAAAAACAUUUGCCAGGACAUGUCUUGGUGUUGAUGAUCUCUGUUGAACCUUCUCAGUCUCCAGUCUCAGUAUAAUGAGUAUGAUGACUAUCACUGUACAUAAGUCUUUAUGCACAUCUCUGAUAUUUCCUUAGGAUAAAUGAGGAGCUGAUUCUUAAUCCUGUCACAUUGAAUGGACAGCAAAUUAUGGAUGAACCUAUGGGAGAGGAGGAGAUUAAUCCACAAACUGAAGAAGGCAAUAUCAAAGAAAUUGCAAUCACACAUCAUGUAAAGGAAGGACAUGAAAAGGCAGAUCCUUCCCAAUUUGAACUUUUAAAAGUAUUAGGGCAGGGAUCAUUUGGAAAGGUUUUCUUAGUCAAGAAAAUCUCAGGCUCCGAUGCUAGACAGCUUUAUGCCAUGAAAGUACUGAAGAAGGCCACAUUGAAAGUUCGAGACCGUGUUCGUACAAAAAUGGAGCGUGAUAUCUUGGUAGAAGUUAAUCAUCCGUUUAUUGUCAAGUUGCAUUAUGCUUUUCAAACUGAAGGGAAGUUGUAUCUUAUUUUGGAUUUUCUCAGGGGAGGAGAUUUGUUUACACGCUUAUCCAAAGAGGUGAUGUUCACAGAAGAAGAUGUCAAAUUCUACUUGGCUGAACUUGCACUUGCUUUAGACCAUCUGCAUAGCCUGGGAAUAAUCUAUAGAGACUUAAAACCAGAAAACAUACUUCUUGAUGAAGAAGGUCACAUCAAAUUAACAGAUUUUGGCCUAAGUAAAGAGUCUAUUGACCAUGAAAAGAAGGCGUAUUCUUUUUGUGGAACUGUGGAAUAUAUGGCUCCAGAAGUAGUUAAUCGUCGAGGUCAUACUCAGAGUGCGGACUGGUGGUCUUUUGGUGUGUUAAUGUUUGAGAUGCUCACUGGUACACUACCUUUCCAAGGAAAAGAUCGAAAAGAAACAAUGACUAUGAUCCUUAAAGCUAAACUUGGGAUGCCACAGUUUUUGAGUCCUGAAGCCCAGAGUCUUUUACGAAUGCUUUUCAAACGAAAUCCUGCAAACAGAUUAGGCGCAGGACCAGAUGGAGUUGAAGAAAUUAAAAGACAUUUAUUUUUCUCAACAAUAGAUUGGAAUAAACUAUACAGAAGAGAAAUUCAUCCACCUUUUAAACCUGCAACUGGCAGGCCUGAAGAUACAUUCUAUUUUGAUCCUGAGUUCACUGCAAAAACUCCCAAAGAUUCACCUGGCAUUCCACCUAGUGCUAAUGCACAUCAGCUUUUUCGGGGGUUUAGUUUUGUUGCUAUUACCUCAGAUGAUGAAAGCCAAGCCAUGCAGACAGUUGGUGUGCAUUCAAUUGUUCAGCAGUUGCACAGGAACAGUAUUCAGUUUACUGAUGGAUAUGAAGUAAAAGAAGAUAUUGGAGUUGGCUCCUACUCAGUUUGCAAGAGAUGUAUACAUAAAGCCACAAACAUGGAGUUUGCAGUGAAGAUUAUUGAUAAAAGCAAGAGAGACCCAACAGAAGAAAUUGAAAUUCUUCUUCGUUAUGGACAGCAUCCAAACAUUAUUACUCUAAAGGAUGUAUACGAUGAUGGAAAAUAUGUGUAUGUAGUGACAGAACUUAUGAAAGGGGGUGAAUUGCUGGAUAAAAUACUUAGACAGAAAUUUUUCUCUGAACGAGAGGCCAGCGCUGUCCUGUUUACUAUAACCAAAACUGUUGAAUAUCUUCACGCUCAAGGGGUGGUUCACAGAGACUUGAAACCUAGCAACAUUCUUUAUGUGGAUGAAUCUGGCAAUCCAGAAUCGAUUCGAAUUUGUGAUUUUGGCUUUGCCAAGCAGCUAAGAGCAGAAAAUGGUCUUCUCAUGACACCUUGUUAUACUGCAAAUUUUGUUGCACCAGAGGUUUUGAAACGACAAGGCUAUGAUGCUGCUUGUGAUAUAUGGAGUCUUGGUGUCCUCCUCUAUACAAUGCUUACUGGUUACACUCCAUUUGCAAAUGGCCCUGAUGAUACACCAGAGGAAAUAUUGGCACGCAUCGGCAGCGGAAAAUUCUCACUCAGUGGUGGUUAUUGGAAUUCUGUUUCCGACACAGCAAAGGACCUGGUGUCAAAGAUGCUUCAUGUGGACCCUCAUCAGAGAUUGACUGCUGCCCUUGUGCUCAGACACCCUUGGAUAGUCCACUGGGACCAACUGCCACAAUACCAGCUAAACAGACAGGACGCACCACAUCUGGUCAAGGGUGCCAUGGCAGCUACAUAUUCUGCUUUAAACCGUAAUCAGUCACCAGUUUUGGAACCAGUAGGCCGCUCUACUCUUGCUCAGCGUAGAGGUAUUAAAAAAAUCACCUCCACAGCCCUGUGAAGUGACCUCAGUGAAAUAUUUGGUACCAUGGUGUAAGUUGAUAGCACAAGUUCUGGCGACAGGUAGCACAUAUCUGAGAGACACCUGCAAGCACACACUGUCCCAGCUGGUACCCAUAAUGCUGCUGCUCCUGCUGCUGCUCCCGCUUUCAUCUCUUCUCGCUUUACAUGAUUGUUAGCAAGUUAGAUUUUCCUGGAGCUUCGGGUGAAAUGAAAAUGGAAACAUGAUGAAGAUACAUUCACUGAAUCAAGAAGAAGAAGAAUGAACAUAUGAAUACCACCUAAAAUACACUGAAUAAAGUACUCUACACCAUAUAGCAUUAUUUUUAUAGGAAAUAUUUCAUGUCCCUUAAAUAUUCUUUGUUAGUUAUAGGGAUGGACAGUUUAUGUUAAGCACUUAGCUUAAACAAUCCGUUUAUAUUAGCACUGUAUCCUUUGUGCCAUCCAACAUUUUGUAUGUUUUUGUAAACAGUUCAUACACAGUACAUUUCUGUACUGCUUUCUUUAAUGUAUACAUGCCUUGUUUAACUUGGGAUCUAUUAUUAUUAACCAAUUGACUAUUAAAUCUGGUUAAAUAGUUCACCUGGAUUAACAGUAUUGUUGGACAGCCCUAAAAAUGGCCGGAUUGUGGAACAGCUGUUGAAUGUAAUACUUUCAAAAUGUACAUAUCUUUCCCCAUGUCUGUUUCACUGGUUUGUUCGUUCGUUUGUUACUUAAAGUCGGGUGCUCUGUCAGACUAACCUAGAGAGCUGUUACGAUAGAGAAAGUUAUAUGUCUGUGGCAUGACAUCAAGAGUUCAUAUACUUUGCAACUCUUUAGGUUCUUUUUUUUGAAUUAAGGAAGUAGUUGUUGCACUUUUAAUCUUAAAUAGUGUCCAUACUUAGUAUUGGCAUAUAAUUUGGAAUUUUGCCAAUAUACAUCAAAGGCCUUUGAGAGUCAUGGUGAAGAAAUUGGCAAAGGAAAUUUUAGCAAUAGGCCAUUCAAGUCCCAUUGGAUAUUUCAUGUUUAAAUUGAUCAAAUUGCAGAAUUUAGCAUAUAAGUAACAGGAUACCUGUUCUUGUAUUAAACACUAAUUUGAGUGUGUAAAAGCCACAGGCCUCUAUAUAAAAUUGGAUUAAACUUUCUUAUUCUAGGGAAUAAAACAUUCUUGAUCAAACAAUAUCUGUUCUAACCUGAAAUCAUAGCUAAGGUAGGUUAACGGAAUGUCUAGUAUUGAGUGUUUUCUGAAUUCCUCCUGAUGAUUUAUAGCCAUGUAAUACUUCCUUUAACUUCAGAUAUGAUCAGUUUUCAUAAUGGUCACUGAGUCUGCUUAGAUUACAGUAUUCAUUAUCUACAUCUAAUGUGGUGGUUUCCGUAAUUUCAUUUGAUUAAAGAAAUUUCUGUAUUCAUUAUGACCUGUAUCUUUGCCAAGUUACCUACCAUACACCAAUAUGUAAUAUGAAAAACACAUGAGUAAAGAAAGAGUGAUUUAACUUACUUCAUCAAGAAUGUCCCUAAACAGAUCUUCCUUCAUCAUGUACUAAGCCAUUUACAUCAGAAAUAUUUUUUCCUGCCAGAAGCUUUAAAUCUUUCCCUUGAGAGUACAAAGCCAAGAAAGCAUGGUUUGUCUGUCUUGGAAGCCACUUGCUAUUCCUUAAUUUCUCCUCUAUGCAAUUAAAGAGAGAGGGAAAAUCUAUAACAUUCCUUUUGCCUAAGUGACGCAAAAUGAUUCUUGCUUAGAAAUGAAAUGUAAGUUUAUCUUCUAAAAAAAUGUAUAAGAGGAGGGAUUUCAGAAGAUCCAGAUGGAGAAGGUUUUUUAAAUUCUUGAAUAUAUGGAUGCUUUUCAUUGCCUGGAAAGAAAGCUCUUUUUUUCCUUUUUAUUCAGUGUUUUAAACCACGCUCAUCCCAAAUUCUUGUCAUUUUUAAGAUGUUACUAUAACUCUGGGCAUAUAUUUUCAGAUUUUGACACUGACGCUAUUCCAUAGUUGCUUAGGUAUAUUUUCCAUUGUAGUCUUUUAGAACCAGAAGUGAAUGUGUAAAUCCUUAUAAGUCAUCUAGUACAACUUUUUCAUAUUGCAUGUAAGAAACCUAUGACCCAAAGCAAAGACUAGAAUCCUUAAUUUCCCAUUCAGUUUUUCUCCCCAUAACACCAUGCUGCCUUCCCUUCAGAUUAUCAGCCAACCAGGAACUGAGGUGUUCAAAAACUACAUAUUUCUUGAGGCACUCCUCUACUGGUGUAUGAAUGCCAAGUUUAUUGCUUUCAAAGAUAAUUGCCUUCUUUGCCUAGUCCAACUGCCAGUUUUAUUGGAGAAAAGCAGGUUAUAUGUUCACAAAACAAGGCUUUCUGCCUAAAAUGCAGUUCAUAAGCAUCAUUUAUUUUAUCUGUGGUUCUGGUGUUCCUAUUGCCUUUGACUUACAACGGACAGACUUGGCCAACAGUGUGUCUCAAUGUAGUGCUUGUGCUGGGUUAACCUUUCCAUUAAUUUCAUGUCCAAUUCCUCCAGGCCCCUAUAGUUGUGGUAGUGAGGCCCUUUACCAGUUAGUGUUGCUGGUUACCAGGGCUUCUCCCAGGAGGUAUUAGUUCAGUCUUAAAGAUACUUCAAUGUGAAAGAAGGAACUAAACUCUCAGGCCACUUUCACAAACCUCCUCUUAGCUUAUAAUCCAAAAUAAUAUCCUAAAUGGUAGAUUGCAUUUAGCAUUGCCGAGCACAUACUGGAAAAUACAGAUUAUACUACCAUGUGUUUUGUAUCUUCCCUUGCAAGUGAUGUUAAACUAAGGUAAGUUUUUUGUCCUUUUUAAUUUUUUAUAUAAAUUAUUUCUGCUCUCUAAUUUACAGAGAUGAUGUCUUCUUUCUAAGUCCAUUAGACCCUUGUCUUUAACAGAUUUUAUAUGGAUUCAUUUAUUCACAAGCAACCCCAAAAGUCCAAAAAUGUAAUAAUUUUGACAAGGCAGAGUUGAGAUUCUGUGAAGCUGACAGGUGGGAAAAGUUAACUUAGCCAGUGUCUGGAGAGGGUGUGUGUGGUGUGUGAAAGGCAGAGAUUCCACAUUUCACAUGUGGUGGGCUGCAAGGAGCAGGUUUGGGUCAACCGUUUCCCAUCUGUGUCUAAGAAGUGGUGCUGUUGGGGCCAGGGGACAUCAUGGGAGGUGAGGUUGGCCUGUUAGCUGUUAGUUGUGCCCUGUACCCUUGGACCAGAAAAGACUUGAAGGGGGAGGUGUGCAAAGGCUUCACGAAUAGGCAGAAUAGUUUGGGUAGGAAAGGGGCUGGGGUAGGUCCAGCCUGAGAUGAGAGCAGAAAAACAUUCAAGAUUUGGGGGCCAUGGUACAGAUACUUCAUCACCAUGAUAGCCAGCCAGCAGUACACAUCUCAACAUAGCUUUGAUAUUCUCUACUUCCUGGCCUUUAUAAAUGUCAUGAAAUAUUUCAGUUUCCUUUAUAUUUCAUAGAGAAAAUUCUCUCUCAUGAUGGUAUUGAGCACUUGAGAUUUAUGAAGACAUUAGGACAGAUAUCUCAGGAAUGUAAAGGGUAAGAAAGGUCUGUUUUCUCUGAUUAACAAAUUUGAUAGGUUUCAUGGCUGACCGUUGGUGCUUAAACCAGGAGGUUCCAGUCUAGUUCUAGAGUCUAUCCCUCCGAAAGGUCUAACUCCAUGUGACUAACAAACUGGAUGUAUACUUUGAGCCUUAUUUAAUUCACAGAGAGGUUGACUUAACUCCAUAUUUUUAUUUCAAUAAAUGAAAAUCAUCCUCUUUUCACCUCCAGAUUGCUUACAUUUUGCUGGUCUCCCCAAGUGACCAUUGGUGGAGACCAAUUAAUGAAGGAAUGAAAUUCACUUUCUUGGGACUGUGGUAUUCUGCAGAGCCAUGCUUAACCACUUUUUCUAGUGAAGAAUCUACAGAAUGAUAAUACCUAAGUGUGGAUGGCCAAGAAGAAUUUAUAUCUACAGGGCUCUUUCUGUAUUUUUGACACUGCUGUAUUCUGUGUGAUUGAGCGACUUGUAACUGGUUCCAAUGUGAGUGUUCUCAAAGAAUUCUAGUAACUAAGUUGACUUAAUUUUCUUAAGCCUUGUAUUUACUAUUAGUCUCACAUUUACCACUUUGAUUCCAGUCUUUUAACUGUUCAUAACAGGGCAUACCAAGGGUUGGGAUAAGAGCCUACUUCCUACCUCUUAAGGCACUGUCCUCAUUAUUUUUCCAUGUAACCUUGAAGUGCAUGAUAAGCUGUUUAAAUGUCCAUGACUUCUCCCAGAGCAACUAGCAAAAUAUAUGACAUCGAAUAGAGACUAGUGGAAAGGAAAGUUUAGAGACUAAGUUCAGAGGUGCAAACCUCAAAGAAACCUCUUUAGAGCACAUACCAUUUGAGUACAGUAUACAUAAGUGUAUGUGAGAAGAGAGUUGCUAUAGUAGUCCUCUAAGUAGAUUAGUUCAAUAUCUAAUGGAAGUGAAAAUCUUUACUCCUAUUAUCACUAUAGUACUGAAUGAACUGUAUACUGAGUUUUUCAAACAAGUAUUUAAAGUAGAACUUUUAAAUACAAAGCAAGGGCAUAUAAGGAUAAAGGUUUGAGUUUGUGUUCUUGUAAGUGUAGUGUUCCAUCUAAAGCUUUGUUUUUUAAUCAAAAAAUGCUUCAAGGUAUUGCUAUUUCUUAGCAUCCUUAAUAAUUAUGGGUGAUGAGUUUUUAAUUCUUAAAGUUAUGUACAUGUAUUAGGUUUACCUUAACUGUUACCCUACGCAGAAGGGAAAGUAUACACCUGAGGGAUGUAAUUAUUUUGCAUUUUUGGCCAUGGGUGGGAAUGGGGUGGGCAUCUACUUAAAAGGUUUUUAAAAAAGAAAAAAAUCAAGUAUUUUUCUACUAUUAUAUAUGAUCUUACUUUAUACUAGUUUCUCUCUAGUAAGGCAUGCCAGAAGCCCAAGGUACCAUAUCAUGAGUUCAUAUGUAUUGUACCUUUUAUUGGUGGUUAAAUCGUAUCAGAUGCUUGGCACUGCUGCCGUAAUUAUGAAAUGCUUGUAAAGGAUUAAAUAUCAAUGAAUACUUAAAUUGUUUAAGAGUAUAAUCUGGGAAGUUUUCAAAUCAUACUAUUAAUGUGUAAUCUAAGCUCUUUCAGAUGUAUCCAUGAAUAAUCCUGGAACAAUAUUGCUUGUAUUCCUGUCACAGAACAGGUUUUGUAAUCUUUAAAAGAAAUGAAAAUUUAUAUAAUAAAGUUUCAAAUAAAUGCA